AUCUGUCUCUCCCGAGCUCUCCAUGGCUGUGGCUGCUCUGGCUCUGAACCAGCAAUUUCUCUGCUUCACAACCUCAAAAACAAGAACACUUCCAUGGCUUCCCAUAAGAACUUCUUCCACAAUUACCCACUUCAAAAUCCAAAAGAACAAGUCCCGUCUCUUGUUUAUCUCUUGCUCUUCUUCUACUUCUCAGUCUCCUGAAGCCAAGACAGAGACUGCCGAGUCUUGUGUCAACUUGGGUCUCCAGCUUUUCUCCAAAGGACGGGUUAAAGAUGCAUUAGUACAGUUUGAAACAGCGCUUAACUUAGACCCUAACCCAAUGGAGGCUCAAGCUGCUCUGUAUAACAAAGCUUGUUGUUAUGCAUACAGAGGGGAAGGAAAGAAAGCUGCUGAAUGUCUUCGUACUGCCUUGAGAGAUUACAACCUCAAAUUUGGUACAAUUCUGAAUGACCCCGACUUGGCCUCUAUUAGAGCUUCGCCUGAAUUCAAGGAGUUGCAAGAAGAGGCUAUACUCGGUGGGGAAGAUAUAGGCUCCAGUUUUCGAAGAGAUCUUAAACUCAUUAGUGAAGUCCAAGCUCCAUUUCGUGGAGUUAGGAGAUUCUUUUCUGUGGCAUUCUCAGUGGCUGCAGGAAUUUCACUGUUUUUCACUAUCCCUAGACUAUUUCGUGCAAUACAAGGCAGUGAUGGUGCUCCUGAUCUCUGGGAAACUGCAGGAAACGUUGCCAUUAAUGUUGGAGGUAUUAUUGUUCUAGUGGCUUUAUUUCUAUGGGAUAACAAGAAAGAAGAGGAACAACUUGCCCAAAUAACUCGUGAUGAAACUCUAUCAAGGUUGCCUUUGCGCCUUUCCACUAAUCGGGUUGUUGAACUCGUCCAGCUACGGGACACUGUUAGGCCUGUUAUUUUAGCAGGGAAAAAGGAGACUGUUUCUUUAGCAAUGAAGAAGGCAGAGAGGUUCCGGACUGAACUCCUUAGACGCGGUGUUCUUUUAGUUCCCGUCAUUUGGUGUGAAGGUAAGGAGCCACAAAUAGAGAAGAAAGGCUUUGGGGCACCUCAAAAGGCAGCAGCUUCUCUUCCCUCCAUUGGGGAAGAGUUUGCGAAACGGGCUCAGUCUAUAACUGCCAAAUCGAAGCUGAAAGCUGAAAUUCGAUUCAAGGCUGAGGUUGUAUCACCAGCAGAAUGGGAAAGGUGGAUAAAGGAUCAACAGAAAUCCGAAGGAGUCACUCCUGGUGAGGAUGUCUACAUAAUACUGCGGUUAGAUGGGCGGGUACGAAGAUCAGGGAAGGGAAUGCCGGAUUGGCAACAAAUUGUACAGGAGCUUCCAGAAAUGGAAGCAUUGCUAAGCAAGCUAGAAAGAUAAAAACCCUCUUGUGUUUCCCAACAGUUCGACGGUUACAUUUUGCUUCCUGGAAUUUUUAAGAAGAUCUACACACCAACAUGUAAAACAUAUUAUUGUAUAGUUACACUCUUCAUCCAAAUUUUGAUAUAUUGAAGAAAUAAUUAUUGAU